GCGCUCAAGAUCUAUGACUCGUAUAAGGCACAGUAGUCGUAUGCCAAACAGUGAGUCUACAGUGAGUGAAUUGUGGAGCAGCAAUGAUUGUUGAGAUUUUAGCGCUUCUCCUGACUUUGUUUGGGAUCGCUUACGGGAUCUUCAAGUAUAGAAUCACUUUCUGGGCUCGUCGAGGAGUUCAAAGUGAGACUCAGGCAACCUUUCCCUUUGGCAACGAUCCCGCGUUCCAUCCUGAUGUCAUCCUCACCAAAAGGAACGCCGCCUAUGUCAUGGAUGAUCUCUACCAGAAGCACAAGGAUAAACCUUUCGUUGGGAUUUACGGACCUUUGGGUCAGCCAACAAUUUUCAUCAAUGAUCUAGAGUUGAUCAAGAAUAUCCUCAUUAAGGAUUUUGAAGUCUUUGUGGAUCGGAUCGGCCAAUUCAAUUUUUUCGGUGGAGAUUCAGAAGUGUUUACCGAUCGUCUUUGGCGCCAACAACUCCUCACUUUAAAGGGUGAAUUAUGGAAGGAUGUCCGAUCAGUGUUCUCACCCGUUUUCACAUCCGGGAAAAUGAAGCUCAUGAUGCACUUCAUGAAAGCAAUUAGCUUGAACUUGCAAGAGGAAAUGAGGCAAUGUGCUGAGCAUUUUAAUCCCAUUGAUCUCAAAGGUGUUUUUGGCAAAUACAGCAUGGAUACUAUUGCUACUUGUGGCUUUGGAGUUGAUGCGGGAUCAUUUGGGUCAAAUAAAGAGACCAUAUUUGUCAAACACGCACGAACUAUAUUUGAUCGAAGUCAUUGGGAUAAUCUCAUGCUCGUGUGCUCAAUCAUACCCGGAUUGAAUGCAUUUUGCAAAAUGUUAAAACUUCCAUUCUUCAAACCCGUUGAGACCAAGUUCUUUUACGAUAUCAUCAUACAAACCAUUCAAAAUCGGGUCAAGACGAAGGAGAGGAAAAACGAUUUGGUCGACCUUAUGAUCGACGCCAUUCAUUUUGAAAAGACUUUGAAAGAAAUAGGCGAAAUUGAGGCUUACGACAAUGUCAUUCAAAGCUCCAGCUUUGCCCACAAGAUCAAAAAAACCGACUUUGAUGAAACUUUGGUGGUUUCCAACGCUUUACUUAUUCUCGUGGCAGGUUAUGACACAACAGCCAUGACAAUGACCUACUGUGCCUAUGAGUUGGCCAAGAGUCAGGUUACUCAAGAUAAACUAAUUCAAGAGAUCGAUGAAGUUAUGUCUAAAUUGGCUGAAGAUCAAGACUUCCCUGAUUACAACACGAUCCAAACUAUGCCCUACCUGGACUCGGUUCUCCACGAGACUUUGCGCCUUCAUUGCCCAAUCCCACUAAUCCUCCGGAACACCGCCCAAGACUACAAGAUUCCUGGACACUACGCAGUGAUCCCCAAGGGAACUGACGUGUCGAUGUUGGCCUACAGCAUAAUGAGGGACGAAAAGUACUAUGACAAUCCUAAUGUAUUCAAUCCGGAUAACUUCUCAAAGACAUCAAAGGAGAAAAGGAAUCCAUUUGCCUAUUUGCCUUUUGGUCACGGCCCGAGGGCUUGUAUUGGAAUGAGAUUUGCUCUUCUAGAGGCCAAGGUUGGCCUUGUGUCUGUUCUUAAUAAGUAUCGCAUUAAAGCUUGCAAAGACACGCCUCAACAUCCGAUGAGAAGCAACUCAUCAUUCUUAGGAAACCCUAGGGAUAAACUUUGGGUUGCUGUUGAAGCACGGUAAUACAAUGAAUUGUCAUUUGCCAACAAACUUUUACCAAUGAAUUGAGCUUUGAAUAAAAAUCUUUGAUAAAGUGUC